AUGGGACAGAGUCGAGACUACCAGCCGCUGAAUGGAGCUAAAAGGCAAACAGAGAAACGGUGUUUCUUGUGCUCGAGUACCACACAUAACGCCGAAAAUUGCAAGCUCUCCAACGGUGGCAAGGGCGAUCAAAGAAAACCGUGUCAGAUAUGCGGAAGGCCAGGCCACCCUUCCUGGAAGUGCUGGAAGAAGGAAACAAACAAUGACCGUGCAUCAACGAAAGAAUCGGCAGCCGCCUGCAUUGAUGAAGGAUUCUUAGAGUUGAAGAACGGCGAGAGAGUCCCUGUCGUCAGUGCCGGCAUCACGGAAAAGUACACUGAAGUUACCGAGCGGCUUCCUGUGCUGACCGGCUUGGUGGGAGGCAGAGAAGUUCGCGUCCUCAGGGAUACCGGCUGCAACACGGUCAUUGUCAAAACUAGUCUGGUCAAUCACGAUGACUUUACUGGAACAAGCGCACCAGUCUACCUCCUGGACCGCUCAGUGAGGAUGCUGCGUGAGGCAUGGGUCGACGUUGAGACCCCAUUUUAUUCAGGCCGACUGAAGGCAAAAUGUAUGGAGAACCCCAUAUACGAUCUCAUCCUGGGUAACGUAGAGGGCGUACGACCAGCUGAUGACCCCGAUCUACACUGGAACCUCCAAAAGAAAUAUGAUGUUGGGAGCAAUGUGGACGCAUCCCAAGACGCCAAGGCAGAGGGGCAGGAGCUGCUGACGGAUGACGGUACGGGGGAGGAGCAAAAGGGACAAGAAGUACCUCAAGCCAACCCCGCGGUUACGCGCUCACAAAGCUGUAGGGAAACCACUCGGAAGAAGUUGCGGGUACCUGAAGCUUCCCUGGACGUUAGCCGGGAAGCACUAGUCGAGGAGCAAAAAAAAGACUUGACAUUACAAGCUGGAUUCAAUCGCCUAAAUGUUGAGAAACACAGCAAGAACGGGGACCGCCACACGUUUUUCAUACAAGAGGGAUUACUCCAAAGAAGAUACGUGUCGAAGUCCGGGGAAGAGUUCUCACAAGUUGUCGUACCAGAAAAAUUUCGUGUCCCAAUAAUGCACUUGGCCCAUGAUGGCGCCAUGGGAGGACACCAAGGGGUGAAGAAAACGCUCUCGAAGGUUCGAACCGAAUUUUUCUGGCCGGGGAUGCAGGCUGACAUGAAGCGCUUCGUCGCGUCCUGUGACAUCUGUCAGCGGACUGCGCCUAAGGGACAUACCAGAAAAGUGCCCCUGGUCAAAGUACCCAUCAUUUCUACUCCCUUUGAGAAGGUGGCGAUUGACAUAGUUGGACCGCUUUUUCCCAGGUCAACCCAGGGCAACAAAUAUAUUCUCACGAUGGUCGACUAUGCCACUCGAUACCCAGAUGCUGUUGCGCUACCAAGUGUAGAAACCGAAAGGGUGGCCGAAGCGCUGGUGGAAAUGUUUUCGCGCGUAGGUGUGCCUCGCGAAGUACUCAGCGACCGGGGCACAAACUUCACUUCCGAAGUUAUGAAGGAAGUCAGCCGCCUGCUAUCUCUCAAACAGCUCCACACAACCCCGUAUCAUCCAAUGGCGAAUGGCCUGGUCGAGCGGUUUAAUGGGACGCUCAAACAGAUGAUAAAACGCAUGUGCCAGGAGAAACCGCACGACUGGGACCGUUAUCUCGCUCCGUUAUUAUUUGCUUACCGCGAAGUCCCACAGGAAAGUCUCGGAUUUUCUCCAUUUGAAUUGUUGUACGGAAGGACUGUUCGAGGGCCGCUGGCGGUUCUAAGGGAGUUGUGGACAAAUACGGCUCUUUCGGAAGAGUUGAAGACCACGUACGAGUACGUCGUUUCCCUACGGGAGAAGUUAGAGCACACCUGUCGACUGGCGCACGAGGAGUUGGAGCGUGCAGGGGAGCGCUAUGGCAAGUACUACAACUUGAAGAGCCGAAAGCGUUCCUUGAAACCGGGGGAGCAAGUACUGAUCUUAUUGCCCACGGAUAACAACAAGUUGCUAAUGCAGUGGAAAGGACCCUUCAACGUUGUCAGCAAAAAGGGGGAUGCCGAUUAUGAAGUCGAGGUCGGCAGCUCCUGCAAAAUUUUUCACAUAAAUAUGUUGAAGCGUUAUCAAAAGCGAAGCCCCGAAAUUGCUGGAGCUGGGGCCAUUGUCAGUUGCGAAGACCCGGAAAGUGGGGACAUCGAGCUCUUACAGCCCCAUCAAUUGCAGUCUUUCCGGGACGUGAAGAUAUCUGAUCACCUGUCAGUGCAACAAAAAGCAGAGGUCACCCAAUUACUCCAAGAGCACCAGAAGAUCUUUUCGGACCUUCCUGGAAGAACAGGGGCUGACGGAAUGCAAGCUCGAACUGACCAGCGAACGACCCGUGCACGUCCGACAAUACCCAAUGCCUUUCUCAGUGAGAGGCAUUAUAGAGGAAGAGGUAGCCGAAAUGCUGAAGCUGGGUAUUGUGGAAAGAUCUGA